AUGGCAGCAAAUUUAAUAACACUAAAUGAAAAUAAUCAACAACAGCAUGAAGUGUUACAAAAAGCACAGUUGGGCGAUAUGAUACAAUUUCAAAGAAAACAUUAUUCUCAUUGGUCUAUCUACGUUGGUGAUCAUAAAGUGAUUCAUCGAUGGGGUGAUGAUGAUGGUAUUGGAAACUCUCAAGGCUUUCGUAAUUUAUUUACGUUUUCUGGUGUGAAUUUCAAUAAAGCUCGUAUUGAAAUAACAGAUUUUAUGGAAGUAUUAAAAGAUGGAACGGCAAAAAUCAAUAAUUAUCUUGAUCAUAAAUAUAAACCGUUACCAACUAAGGCAAUUAUUGAUCGAGCUAGAAGAGCUCUACGAUCAGAAGGUUAUAAUCUUAUAUACGAUAAUUGUGAACAUUUUGCGACGGAUUGUCGCUAUGGACAACCUAAUAGUCGACAAGUACAAGUAGCUGUAAGUUUUGGCGCAGCUGCUGCAGCACUUCUUACUGGUACUGCACUGGCAGUUGGAAUGUACUUAGGAACAAAAAAUAAUGAAUCAGAUGAGGAAAAGAAUGAGAAACAAAUGAAGUUAUUGAAAACAUAA